UGAGCCGGAUGUACGAAUUUGCAGGUAUAAAUCCCUGGAAAGUAAUACCAUAUUGAGUCUAUAGUAUUUCCCUUUAUAUCCACUUCUCAUUCAACCCGAGUGGUCUCUCAGUAAAAACCGCUAUGGACAAGAGAGUCUCAAUUCCGGUCACCUUACCAAGGGACAAACCCACCGUGGCCUAUUGGCAAGAUCCCCCGGAUGAGAUAGCGGACUUACGCUCCAGCUCGCAAUUGCCAGGGGACGCAGAUGUCGUUAUAAUUGGUUCUGGAAUCACUGGUGCUGGUAUCGCAUGCAAUAUCCUUUCCCGAGCACCACAUACGAAGAUUGUGAUGCUAGAAGCAAGACAAGCAUGUAGUGGUGCAACAGGAAGAAACGGCGGACAUACCAAGCCAGCGUCAUACGUAUCCUUUUCAGCCAAUGCCGAGAGCAUAGGACUCGAAGAAGCCAUAAAGAUUGCGAGAUUAGAAUACAAUACCCUCAGACAUAUCCAUGCCUUCGCCAAAGAGCACAAUAUCCCCUGUGAUAAUCGGCAACUCGAGACUGUGGAUAUCGUGUACGAUCAGAAAACAUGGGAUGAUUCCGUCAAAACAAUCGAGCUCAUGAGGAAAUGUAUGCCGGGAGAUCCAGCUAGUCAGUACACAGUUUGGACCGGCAAAGACGCAGAAGAAAAGUUCUUGUGCCCUGGCGCCGUUGGAGCAAUUACUUAUGAGGCCGGUAGCGUAAGUGCUUAUAAGUUUGUGAUCGGAAUCCUGAAAUUAUGUCUCCAGAAGGACCUAAAUCUUCAAACAAAUACUCCAGUGACGCGCCUGUCUCGACAAGGCGGACAGGGUUGGGCCGUUGAAACUGAUAGAGGUACCAUAUACGCUCCCAAGGUCAUCCUGGCCACAAACGGUUAUACUGCUGCUAUCUAUCCGAAACUUCAAGGGGUGAUCGUGCCCCUUCGUGGGCAGAUAACUGCCCAUAGGCCAGGAACAAGCAUGCCAAAAACCGGAUUACCGAGGACCUACUCGUUCAUCUACGGCAAUGGCUUUGAGUACAUGAUUCCCCGACCUCCAGGCUCUAAGCAUGCUGGUGACAUUGUUAUUGGCGGCGGUCUGGCCAUCGCAAAAGAGGAGGGUUUGUAUCAAUAUGGAACCGUUGACGAUACCGUCUGUGAUACGGAUAUCGUCGAUUAUCUCAUUGCAAGCACGGAGCGCUACUUUGGAAAAAAUUGGGGUAAGGAUGACCCUGCCGGCCGUAUUCGGAUGCACUGGUCAGGGAUCAUGGGGUACAGCGCGGAUGGACACCCGUUGGUUGGAGAAAUGCCAGGAGAGCCUGGCUUGUAUAUCUCUGCAUCCUUCCAAGGCCAUGGAAUGGUGCUUAGCUUCCUUUGUUCUCAGGCGUUAACAAGUAUGUUAUUUGGGGAUGAUGAACAAUGCCUAUUUGCAUGGUUCCCAAAAACAUAUAAAAUAACUUCCCAGCGCUUGAAGCAGAAGUUUGAGAAACGGAUAACACGAUUGAUAACGCCAGAAGUGAAGAGCCAACUGUGA